GGGGCAGGUACGCGCGCUCGCAGCUCGUUCGGGGAGACCGGCGCUGGCGGGAGCGGGCUCCGGCGAGUGAGAGAGCGCGGCGGGGCGGGGCGGGGCGGGAGAAAGUGGCCGCCUGGAGGACGUUGGCGUUUACGCGUGGCGGAGCGGAAGAGUUUUGCUUUUCGUGCGCGCCUUCGAAACCCGCGCCUGCUGUUGCCUGAGGGGUCCGCCCCGAGCCUCCCCUCUCCGCCGCGGCCCCGCGCCGAGCUCGCCGGCCCGAGCCAGCGUGGGUGAGGUGGGAAGCGCGCUCGACCCGCGCCCCGCGCCCGGAGUCGCCCCCGAGUACCCAUGGCUACGCGGGUGCUGACCAUGAGCGCCCGCCUGGGACCCGUGCCCCAGCCGCCGGCCCCGCAGGACGAGCCCGUGUUCGCGCAGCUCAAGCCCGUGCUGGGUGCUGCGAACCCGGCCCGCGACGCGGCGCUCUUCCCCGGCGACGAGCUGAAGCACCCGCACCACCACCCGCAGGCGCAGCCCGCGCCCCCGCAGCCGCCGCAGACGGCGCCACCGCCCGCCGCGGGCCCGCGGCUGCCCGCCGAGGAGCUGGUCCAGACAAGAUGUGAAAUGGAGAAGUAUCUGACACCUCAGCUUCCUCCAGUUUCUAUAAUUCCAGAGCAUAAAAAGUAUAGACGAGACAGUGCCUCAGUCGUAGACCAGUUCUUCACUGACAGUGAAGGGUUACCUUACAGUAUCAACAUGAACGUCUUCCUCCCUGACAUCACUCACCUGAGAACUGGCCUCUACAAAUCCCAGAGACCGUGCGUAACCCAAAUCAAGACAGAACCUGUUACCAUUUUCAGCCACCAGAGUGAAACGACUGCCCCUCCUCCGGCCCCGACCCAGGCCCUCCCCGAGUUCACCAGUAUAUUCAGCUCACACCAGACCGCAGCUCCAGAGGUGAACAAUAUUUUCAUCAAACAAGAACUUCCUACACCAGAUCUUCAUCUCUCUGUCCCUCCCCAGCAGGGCCACCUGUACCAGCUGCUGAAUACACCGGAUCUAGAUAUGCCCAGUUCUACAAACCAGACAGCAGUAAUGGACACUCUUAAUGUUUCUAUGUCAGCCGCCAUGGCAGGCCUUAACACACACACCUCUGCUGUUCCGCAGACUGCGAUGAAACAGUUCCAGGGCAUGCCCCCUUGCACAUACACAAUGCCAAGUCAGUUUCUUCCACAACAGGCCACUUACUUUCCCCCGUCACCACCAAGCUCAGAGCCUGGAAGUCCAGAUAGACAAGCAGAGAUGCUCCAGAAUUUAACCCCACCUCCAUCCUAUGCUGCUACAAUUGCUUCUAAACUGGCAAUUCACAAUCCAAAUUUACCUGCCACCCUGCCAGUUAAUUCGCAAAACAUCCAACCUGUCAGAUACAAUAGAAGGAGUAACCCCGAUUUGGAGAAACGGCGCAUCCACUACUGCGAUUACCCUGGCUGCACAAAAGUUUAUACAAAGUCUUCUCAUUUAAAAGCUCACCUGAGGACUCAUACUGGUGAGAAGCCGUACAAGUGCACCUGGGAAGGCUGCGACUGGAGGUUCGCGCGCUCCGACGAGCUGACGCGCCACUACCGGAAGCACACGGGCGCCAAGCCGUUCCAGUGCGGGGUGUGCAACCGCAGCUUCUCGCGCUCCGACCACCUGGCGCUGCACAUGAAGAGGCACCAGAACUGAGCGCCGCCCGCGCGCACGACGGCCCGCGGGCCGCCUGCAAACUUAACUACAUAAAAAAAGAAAACGAAAAACUGGAAAUGUAUAUUUUGUAUAUUUGACAACAGGGAAUACAUGUAUUAAUACGCAAGUGUUUGGUCCUUUUAAGAAUCUGGAAUGAUGCUGUCACGUGUAUGGCUUUACUCAAGCAGAUUUCAUCUCACGACAGGCAGCCACAUCUCAGCGUGCUUGGGGUGGGGUGCGGGGUGCGUUUGCAGUGUUUCUACCUGAGCACCGUCAUUUAAGGUGACAGUGUUUGGUAAACAAGUCAGUUGGCAGGCACAGGAAGAAGACUGGAUUAUAUGUCAAGAUUUUACUUGACAUUAAGUUGUUUUUUCAAUAUUAGAUAAUUCCUUAGAGGUGCGCAGUGUAUCUGGCAAUUCACAAAUAGCCAUUGAACAAAUGUGUUUUGUUUUGUUUUUUUAUAUGAGUUGCCUAUAUUUGCUAUUCAAAAUUUUGUAAAUAUGCAAAUCAGCUUUAUAGGUUUAUUACAAGUUUUCUAAGAUUCUUUUAGGGAAAAAUCAUAAUUCUUUUGAAAAUAACCAUGAAUACAUUUACAGUUAGAAUUUGUGGUAAGAUACCUCUUAAAACCUUACCAAAUUCAUUUCUUUAGGGGGAAGAAGAAAUAAUCAUUCAAAAUGAACGUUAAAAGCAGAUUUCAUGCACUGAUUAAAAUAGGAUUGUUUAUUUUAAAUAUGGAAGACAUUUUAUAUGAAUUGUGAAGUCAAGAGCUUAAAGAUAUUUACAAUAUAUAAAAGUUAAACCUCUUACAAUAAGCUAAACAGUAUCAUUUUUGAAAAGAAGGACUUAUGUAGUUUUCACAUGGCAAUGUUGAACUUAUGAUGCAGUUUUCAUAUACCAAGAUGUUUGCUCGUGUAGGACUGUUGGUUAAAUGCCAAUUUAUGUGGAUUUUGCAUGUAAUAUACAGUGAGACACAGUAAUUUUACCUAAAUUACGGUGCAGUUUAGUUAAUCUGUUGUUAAUACUGACUCAAUGUCUGCUUUUAUUAUAAAUGACAUGUUGAAAACAUAAGGAAGCAAGCGCUACAUAUAUGCAAUAUAAAAUAGUAAUGUGAUGCUGAUGCUGUUAACCAAAGGGCAGAAAAAAUAAGCAAAAUGCCAAAAGGGUCUUAAUUGAAAUGAAAAUUUAAUUUUGUUUUUAAAAUAUUGUUUAUCUUUAUUUAUUUUGUGGUAAUAUAGUAAGUUUUUUUAGAAAAUUUUCAUAACGAUAAAUUAUAGUUUUGUUUGUUAGAAAAGUUGCUCUUAAAACAUGUAAAUAGAUGACGAACGGUGUAAAUAUUUUGUAAGAGGCUUCAAAACGUUUGUACGUGGAAACAUCCCUACAUAAAAGAGCAGAAAUCGGUUGCUGUUUUGCUUCUUUCUCCCUCUUAUUUUUGUAUUGUGGUCAUUUCCUAUGCAAAUAACGGAGCAAACAGCUGUAUAGUUGUAGAAUUUUUUGAGAGAAUGAGAUGUUUAUAUAUUAACGACAAUUUUUUUUGGAAAAUAAAAAGUGCCUAAAAGAUG